AUGCUGGGAUGGGGCGAGAUGGGGAGAGGUGGUGGUGAAGAGGAGGAGGAGGAGGAGGAGGAGGAGGAGGAGGAGGAGGAGGAGGAGGAGGAGGAUCGGAACGGAACGGAACGGAGAAUAGAGAGGAAGAGGGGCGUGGCCGCACAGCCCACCAGAGCACAGCUCCCCCUGGCCGUCGGCAGUCCCGCAGAUGGCACAGGCGGAGGCGGGGCGCUGCAGCAGACCGGAGGAGCGGCAGUAGGAGGAGGAGAGGAAGCAGUUGUGGUCGGCCGAACAACUCUUGACGGAGAGCUGGGGGAAGGAGCCCGAGAGGUAGUUAAAGCCCACGUCCAGAGCGACCAGGGAGGUGGAGGGGAUGGGCAUGGUGCCCGUGAGGUAGUUGGAGAAGAGGCCUCUGGCGGGGGUGAAAGAACACAGGCAAGAGGUGGGAAGGGAAGGGCGAACAAACAAGAUGUGGGUGAGAAAGGGGCGAGAGUGAGCGAUGUGCAAGGGGUCACCAACGAGGCUUGUGCAAGCAACCAUGGAUGGAUCUCCGAAGCUGUGUGUGCUGCUUACAAUGUGGUGAGAUUCGGCAAAGAGGCGAUGAAGGAAGGAAUGGAUCCCGCAAACCAGUUGUAG